UGAGAAGUUCUUGUUCAUUUCCUAGGGAAAGGCAGCCUGUCUGAUCCAUUUGGAUGGGGCCCCCGCAGAAAGGUGUUAGGUGAAACGUCCAGGGACUCCCCUGCCCCAAGCUGCAUGGAGCCCAGAUGAGGAGGAGAGAGCUGGGUGGGCAGGGCACUGACAUUGUGGCUGGCAACGGCAGCUCCACGGGGACUGGUCCUGCCUUUGGGGAGUUUUUCUCACAGAAAGUGUAUAGAUUUUCUGUACACUGGCCGUUUUACCACCAUUUGUGUAAAUACUAGAUCUUACAUGAAAACAAAUGAGAUAUGGACUUACGUUGAGGUAGGAUUUGCAUAAAUGUGGGUCUUAGGUUUCCUUGUAGUUUUCCUGCUGGCCUACCUAGAUGUAAACUGUUGGAGUAAAUCUGUCUGGGUAGCUGUCUGGCUUUCAAUACAAAGUUUUGUGAGGAAAUCAAAUACAGUCAGCAUUUGCUAGUCUCUGCCGUUUAAUUAGGAUCACUACUGAAACAAGGUCUCCAUUUGCUGCUGUCAGGCAGGGGCAAGGAGAGCAUUAGAGAGCCAGAACCCCCGCCUCACGGAGGGCGCAAACCUCCAGAAAGUAUGCUGAACCCCAGCUCACUUGUAGGGUUGCUAGCUUCUCUCUCUGAUAGCAAAGCGGCACAACCCUUUCCUGGCCCAGAAAGGAGAAUGGAGGGGCCAGGUCAUGCUGUUUGCUUGGGUGCCAAAGAUGCCCGGGGUAAAACGGGAAAUACAGAACCCCAGCUGAAGACAAAGGUGAAUAUUGUUUCUCUCUGGAGAACCAUUCUGCCUAGACUGACCCUUGGCUUCAGACUUCAGACUGUAAUUUGCAGCAUGGGAUAAGUCCCAUGGGAGAAGGAAAAAAAAAAAAAAGAUAUAAAAAACGUGAAACUGAGAGUGUUCCUAGGGCUUCCCAGAAUGCCAGGUCAUUUCCCAGUGGCAGGAGUGCAUCCUUCUCACCCAUUUAACAGGGAUGUGAUAGAUACCGUGUGGCGCGUGUGCUGCUUCCUACCUCCUGUGUGCACUUGGGCAAGUUACUCCAUCACUCUGUGCCACAGUUUCCUACUCUGUUUUUUAAAAAGAAGAUGAUAAUCGUAGUACCAACCUCCUAGGGUUUAUCCGAUGAUGAAAUGAGUUAAUUCUUGUGAAGGUAAAAUGAUUAAAUUUGUUCCUGGAACAUAGUGUUAAUCGGUUUUAACUCUUAUUCCGGAAUACUGCCCCUCCAUCGUUUGCAUAGGGAAUCAUUUAUAGUUUGGGUGAGAGAGCAGCCGUGAGGGAAGCCUCUCUAGAGGAGAUUGUUCCUGAGCUGAAUCCCAAGGCAUGUGUAGGACUUGCCAGGGCAAGGGGCCUCGGAGGGAGAUGGCAUCAGGAGCCAUUGUUGAAGGCCACAGAGCACAGGUUGUAAAAUCAGAUGCCACUGAAAGCGAGGGAUCUCUGUAGCCUGAAUUGAUGGGGCUUACUGGGGAGAGCUUGAGUGUUGCUUAGGGAUUAGAAGCUUCGUGGCGAGGGCACUGGUUGGAAGAGGAGAUCGGGGCGGGGGGUGGUUAGUGAAUGAUCCUGGAUAGCACUGAGUGACCAGGUGGCAGGGACAACUCCAUGCAAACCAAGAGCAGGGGUCAGACCCCCUCAUCCCGAUUCCAUCAGGCUUUGAGAUUUCAGGAAUGAACUCUAGACCGAUAAGUGAACAAAUGAUUGUCUGAGGAGUGUCAGGUGCUUGUUUAGACACUAAAAGCAGAAGGAGGAAAACACUACCUGCUCUUGCUGAACCAGCUCAAGUUAGAGGGACGUGUGAUCUGAUCUCUCAGUCCCCAUAUAAUGUGCUGCUUGCUCUAAGGGAAGUGGGACUCAGGCCCCUUGGAAACGCUGCAAAAAAGGAGGCCAGGUAACAGGCCCUGUAAGUGUAGGGUUCAAGGCCAAGGUGAGCGAGGUGGACUGCAGUGCUGGGAGGCGCUUGCCGUGAAUGAACCGCUUCUCCGCCCGCUGCAUUGAAAUUGAAGCACCAUCCCUGGAGCCAGAAAAUGAGAAAAUACUCGACAUUUUGGGGGAAACUUGUAAAUCUGAGCCAGGAAAAGAAGAAGGUCCCGAGCUGGAGCAGCCAUUGGCACAGGAAACAAGUAGCGUGGGGCCAGACAGAAAGCUCGCGGAAGAAGAGGACCUUUUUGACAGCGCUCACCCGGAGGAGGAGCAGGAGGAGGGUGAUUUAGAUUUGGCCAGCGAGUCAACACACGCUCAGUGGAGCAAGGCAGACACCCUGUUAGCGGUAGUGAAAAGGGAGCCCGUGGAGCAGACAGGCGAUGGCGAGAGGACGGACUGUGAGCCUGUAGGGCUAGAGAAGCCAGUUGAGCAGAGUAGUAGAGCCGCAGAGGACGCGGACGCCUCUAGCGAGGAGGUGGCAGAAGCGCCCCCCCGGGAAGCCUCAAGCCCUGAGCCCAGAGAUAGCAAAGAAGACGUGAAGAAGUUUGAUUUUGAAGCUUGUAAUGAAGUCCCUCCGGCUCCUAAAGAGUCCUCAACCAGUGAGGGCGCUGAUCAGAAAAUGAGUUCUGGCGAAGAUGACUCGGAUACAAAACGGCUUUCCAAGGAGGAAAAGGGUCGUAGCAGUUGUGGUAGAAAUUUCUGGGUUAGCGGACUUUCUUCUACCACCAGAGCUACUGAUUUGAAGAAUCUUUUCAGCAAAUAUGGAAAGGUGGUGGGUGCCAAGGUUGUGACAAAUGCCCGGAGUCCUGGAGCUCGCUGUUACGGUUUUGUCACCAUGUCCACAGCGGAAGAGGCCACAAAAUGCAUCAACCACCUGCACAAAACAGAGCUCCACGGGAGGAUGAUCUCAGUGGAAAAAGCAAAAAAUGAACCUGCUGGGAAGAAGACCUCUGAUAAGAGAGAGAGUGAGGGGAAAAAGGACAAGUCGAGCAACAGUGACAGAUCUGCACACCUUAAGAGGGACGAUAAAGCCGACAGGAAAGACGAUGCCAAAAAGAGUGAAGACGGAAGUGGAGAAAAGGGUAAAGAUCCAGAUGGUCAGAAAUCCAGCCCCUCAGAGCGAUCUCGAACCACAAAGUCAGGAAGUCGCGGAACUGAGCGGACUGUAGUCAUGGAUAAAUCUAAAGGUGUGCCUGUCAUUAGUGUGAAGACAUCUGGAUCCAAAGAGAGGGCUUCCAAGAGCCAGGAUCGCAAAUCAGCCAGCCGAGAGAAGCGGUCUGUUGUGUCUUUUGAUAAAGUCAAAGAGCCUCGGAAGUCAAGAGACUCAGAGUCCCGUAGGGUGCGCGAGCGCAGUGAGCGGGAGCAGCGCAUGCAGGCCCAGUGGGAGCGGGAGGAGCGCGAGCGGCUGGAGAUCGCCCGCGAGAAGCUGGCCUUCCAGCGGCAGCGUCUGGAGCGCGAGCGCUGGGAGCGAGAGCGGCUGGAGCGGGAGCGCAUGCACGUGGAGCAUGAGCGCCGCAAGGAGCAGGAGCGCAUCCACCGUGAGCGUGAGGAGCUGCGGCGCCAGCAGGAGCUGCGCUAUGAGCAGGAGCGGCGGCCCGGGGGGCGACGGCCCUACGACGUGGACGGCCGGCGAGACGAUGCCUAUUGGCCAGAAGCCAAGCGGGCUGCCCUGGAUGACCGCUAUCAUUCUGACUUUAGCCGCCAGGAGCGCUUCCAUGACUUCGACCACCGGGACCGUGGCCGCUACCCUGACCACUCGGUGGACAGGAGAGAAGGUUCAAGGUCAAUGAUGGGAGAAAGAGAAGGACAGCACUACCCUGAGCGCCACGGAGGACCAGAGCGCCAUGGCCGGGACUCCCGCGACGGGUGGGGUGGCUAUGGCUCUGACAAGAGGAUGAGUGAAGGCAGGGGUCUGCCUCCCCCUCCCAGGGGCAGACGUGACUGGGGGGACCACAGCCGAAGACUGGAGGAUGACCGUGCUUGGCAGGGUGGUGCCGAGGGAGGCAUGAUUGACAGGGACCACAAGAGGUGGCAAGGUGGAGAAAGAAGCAUGUCUGGCCACUCUGGGCCAGGCCACAUGAUGAGCCGGGGAGGGAUGUCGGGGCGGGGCAGCUUUGCCCCUGGUGGAGCCUCCCGGGGCCACGUGAUGCCGCGCGGCGGGAUGCAAGGAGGAUUUGGAGGCCAGACUCGAGGGAACAGACCUAACGAAGCCCGCUUCACUCGCCGCUACUAAUGCUUUGCAACCCUAUGUCCCUGCCCUGUGGCCACCAGAAUCUGUUCUGUUAGAAGUUCUCUUAAACUGUGUAAAGAUAAUUUUUUUUUUUAUCUGCUGCCAUAUUGUAGCUAAAAAAUGUGAAUUUGGGUUUUUGUUUUGGUUUUUUGUAAUAAAUGUGUUUCUGUUCACAUACCCUUUA